AUGGCCGAACCUCUCAUGCAGAUAGUGGUGAGUGAUCGACCACUACAUGCUCUGGUGGACACUGGGGCCACAUACUCUACUGUAACUAAGGGCACAAUUGAUAAUAGUGAUCUGACAAAUCGCACAGUGGGAGUAAUGGGGUUCUCUGGUGGGGUGGAAAAAUGGCCUAUGACCAAAUUGUUGAGAGUGAAAGUCGCCAAUCAGACAUUGUCGCACUCGUUUCUGUACUCUUGCAAUGCUCCCAUCCCCCUUCUAGGCAGAGAUUUAUUGAUUAAAUUAGGAGCUAGUAUACUAUGUUCCGCUGAGGGAGUAAUAGUAAGAUUCCCAGACGGUGUGGAAACAAAUUGCUCUCUGUCAGGUCACACUACAGACAGCCAGUGGAUGUUGACCACCUGUGGAGAACAGGAGGAUGCAGAUAUAUAUUGGGUGGAGCUAGAUCACAGUGUAGCCCCCAAUAGUGUUGUGUCACUGUACAAUGAACAUCGCCAGUGGAUCACAAACAUUGACAUAUUUCUACCACUCAUCGACCCAUUACAUUGCACGUUAUUUUAUGACAGGAAUGACACCACCCACUACCAAGAUAUCUUUCAAGACAUAGAGGGCACCAAAUGGGUGCUAAAAGGAUCUGGCCUCAUGGUAGGAAAGGAAGGAGUAGUGGCACCAGUUGAUUUAACUGAGGAACAGAUGAAAUGGUAUGAAAUGUCAGACACUGCUGUACCACACAUUUCUAUGGCACUACAUCCAAAACACGAGGCUAGGGAGCUAGGCAACAUGACUAAGAGAUUAUUAGCAACCAACGAUUGGGAACCCACUGGAAAGUGGGGUAUCCUGUAUUCCCAAACACAGCAGGCCUAUUGGGUGAAAGGACAGACUGAAGACACAGGGGUGUUAACACACAAACAGAUUUCAAGGUGUCAUGGUAGGGAGCAGACAGAUGCUGAGGGAGCAGAAGGCCUGAUAGAGUCAUUACCAAACGAGCUAUGGUCCCAGGGACCAACAGAUGUUGGGUUUUGCAACAUCAAACCUGUUAGCUUCGAAUUGACCACCACCACACCCAUUUGGGUCCCUCAGUACCGCAACAAACCAGAAGCAGAAGAAGGUGUGGCCACCACUGUUUCUGGACUGAUUGAUAAGGGAGUGAUAACCCCUUAUAGGUCCAAUUGGAACACACCAAUUUUCCCAGUGCCUAAACCAGGCACCAAGAAGUACAGACUGGUGCAUGAUUUACGUAACAUCAACUCCAUUGUAGCAACACCUACAAUGACGGUGCCAAACCCAUACAUAGCGCUGUCUACACUGACUCCAGCACACCAAUGGUUUACAUGCAUCGAUUUGGCAAAUGCUUUUUUCUGUAUUCCAAUCGCAGAGGAUUGCAAAGCAUGUUUGGCUUUUACAUACAGGGGCUGCCAGUAUUCCUAUAACAGACUGCCACAGGGUUUCAUUUUGUCCCCUGGCAUUUUCAAUCAUGUUUUAAAACAGCAGCUACAGGACUGUAGUUUGCCCGAGAACUGUGUUCUGAUCAUGUAUGUAGAUGACCUGUUACUGGCAACCACAACUGAACAGGCCUGCCUAGAGGCGACCAAACUGGUGUUACUACAGUUAUACAAGUCUGGCUUCAAGGUGAGCAAGGAUAAGCUGCAAACAUGCAGACCUUGUGUUACAUUUUUAGGUCACUUGAUCACAGCACAGGGAUCAACGUUAACAGGAGGUCAGCGACAGGGCAUCCUUAGCCACCCAAAGCCUAUGGUAGUAAAAGUCAUGUUGUCAUUUCUAGGACUCACAGGAUUUAGUAGGCACUACAUUCCCAUGUAUGUCUCUUUGACCACGCCCCUCAGACAGUUAAUAAAAGAACAUGGCAUGAAAAAUUUGAAAGCAGACCUAAACUGCACACAAGAGGCUGAGCGAGCGUUUAUUGAUCUGAAAACACAAUUGGCUAAUGCAGCACACCUGAAUUGUGCCAACUAUGAACUUCCAUUUUUCCUGGAUGCCUCAGAAUCAGGGUCCAGUGCUCAUGGUGUACUAUUUCAAAAGGUUCAGAGUACAAGAAAAGUGCUGAUGUAUGCAAGUGUGCUUUUGGAUAGUGUAGAACAAAAACAACCACUUUGUGCCCGUUUUGUCGCUGGAUUAGCAAAGAUUGUGCACAAAACUUCCCACAUUGUCAUGGGCCACCCCCUAACAGUGCUCACCACACAUUCCGUUAUGUCAUUUGUCAACUCUGCCUCAUUCACAUUUUCCCCACUACGUCAGCGCAGAAUAGCGAAAGUUUUGACCAGCCCUAACCUCACUUACACACACGAGGGUAUUAACAUGGCUGAUUUGAUGUCUGAUGGUGCACCACAUGACUGUGCACCUCUCACUGAGCGAGCAUCCAAAGUAAGGGCAGACCUAUCCGCCACACCUCUCACAGCACCGCCAGCAGUAACGACACUGUUUACAGAUGGUUGUUGCUUUAGGGCACAGGAUGGCAGUCUGAAAGCAGCCUAUGCCGUGGUGGAACAGCAAGGAAGUAAUUUCAUGACCAGGGAGUCAGGGAAAUUGGAAGGAAAACAGUCAGCACAAAGAGCUGAAAUGAUAGCAGUAACAAAAGCCCUCAACUACGCUGGUGAGACCCGUGUGAACAUAUAUUCCGAUUCCGCAUAUGUUGUAACAGCUGUCCACGUGGAAUUGCCCCUAUGGCAGAGAUGUGGGUUCACCACAUCAACAGGUCGACCAAUUACACAUGCAUGUGAAGCCAGGGACCUUCUAGAGGCCCUGAUGAUACCCAAAGAGGUAGCCGUUAUUAAAUGUCCAGGACAUUCCAAAAGUGAUUCCCCUAUCACUGAUGGAAACAACGCAGCUGAUCUGGCUGCCAAAACUGUAGCUGGGUACAUUCCCUCACAGUCUCUUCUCAGGUCUGAUAGGGAUAGCUGUGAUCUCUUACCCAGCUUUACUAGGGACUACCUGAUUAAGGAACAAUUGGAGUCUGGCCUGGAGGAACACUCUGUAUGGUCACGGAACGGAGCUACUCAGGCUGAAGAUGGCCUGUGGCAAUGCCAGACGGACGUCCGGCAUUGCCUUGUUCUCUGUCUGGAUCUGUGUUACGACAAGUACAUGGUUUUGGUCAUGUCAAUGGUAAGCAAAUGUUGCGGGCCCUGGAGCACUGGUGGCAUCCAUUUCUGCCGGCCAUGGUCUCAGGCCAUGUUUCUGAAUGUGACAUAUGUCAAGAAUAUAAUGUCAAACCAAGCCUGAAACCCAGCAAAGGAUUUUUCCCUAUCACCUCUGGCCCAGGUGAGGAAAUUGUUGUUGACUUUACAGACAUGCUCGUCAAAGUUCACGGUAAACGUUACCUACUCGUUGUAAUAGACUAUUUCACUGGCUGGCCUGAAGCAUACCCUGUCGGUAGGGAAGAUAGCACUUCAGUCAUUAAAUGCCUGAUCAACCAUUACAUCCCACACUAUGGGUUUCCCCAUAGGAUCAGAUCUGACAACGGCAGCCAUUUCAAGAAUGAACACCUUAAGAUGGUGGAGCAUGCCCUGGGCCUGACUCAUGCAUAUGGUGCCAUUUACCAUCCAGCUAGCCAGGGAUAGGUUGAAUUCCUGAACCUGACGAUUAAAUUGAAAUUGGCUAAAAUCUGUGCACAGACUAAAUUGAACUGGCUGUCAGCUUUACCCAUUGCUCUCAUGUCUAUUCAUUCCUCUGUCAACAGGAUCUCAGGUUUUACCCCUUUUGAAUUGCUUACAGGUCGACAGUUUCCCGGACCAGCCACCGCACUGUUCCCUGAUGCGGUACAACCCCUUUCACACACUGUGUACUUUGACAAACUAACUGCCUUGAUUACUUCCUUUUCCCGUCAGGUUAC